CCCCCCCUGUGAUGUAAAAUCGGAGAGUCUGGCAGCGAACCGUUUUAUAAUUCAUCAGCUCCGGUGACUGAGCAGAGCUGCUUGGUUUAAUUAUAAAGGCAAGCCUGUGAACUGUGCAGAGGCUUGCGGGAGAAUCUUGGAAGAGCUGCGGCGGCGGCUGCGCCCGCUGCUGCUGCUGCUGCUGACCGGGCUUUCUCUGUGUGAGUGUCGAUCUGCUUUUGUGCUGACGAAUUCUGCCUUUGGGAGUACGCUCGAUUUGAGGCCAAAAUCCAUGACCUGCGUGAACAGAUGAUGAACCACAGCAUGAGUUCCGGGUCGGGCUCCCUGCGGACCAAUCAGAAGCGUUCCCUCUAUGUCAGAGCCAUGUUUGACUAUGACAAGAGCAAAGACAGCGGCCUCCCGAGUCAAGGUCUCAGCUUCAAGUAUGGAGACAUCCUCCAUGUGAUCAAUGCCUCUGAUGACGAAUGGUGGCAGGCCAGAAGGGUCAUGCUGGAAGGGGACAGCGAAGAGAUGGGUGUCAUUCCCAGCAAAAGGAGAGUCGAAAGGAAAGAGCGAGCACGCUUAAAGACAGUGAAGUUCAAUGCGAAACCUGGCGUGAUUGACGCAAAAGGGUCAUUCAAUGACAAGCGUAAAAAGAACUUCAUCUUUUCACGAAAAUUUCCAUUCUACAAGAACAAGGAGCUGAGCGAGCAGGAAACGAGUGACCCGGAACAACAUGUUUCCUCUAUUGCCAGCGAUAGCGAAAGUAGCUACAGAGGUCAAGAGGACUGCAUUCUCUCCUACGAGCCAGUUACAAGGCAGGAAAUUAAUUAUACUAGACCAGUAAUCAUCCUUGGUCCCAUGAAAGAUCGGAUCAACGAUGACUUAAUAUCUGAAUUUCCUGACAAAUUUGGCUCCUGUGUACCACAUACAACUCGACCAAAGCGCGAUUACGAAGUGGAUGGGAGAGAUUACCAUUUUGUCAUGUCUAGAGAACAAAUGGAAAAAGAUAUCCAAGAGCACAAAUUCAUAGAGGCUGGGCAGUAUAACGAUAAUCUGUAUGGAACAAGUGUGCAGUCCGUGAGAUUUGUAGCAGAAAGGGGCAAGCACUGUAUACUUGAUGUAUCAGGAAAUGCCAUUAAGCGGCUACAAGCGGCCCAACUCUACCCCAUUGCUAUCUUCAUUAAGCCGAAAUCAUGGGAGCCUCUGAUGGAAAUGAAUAAACGCCUCACAGAGGAGCAAGCCAAGAAAACGUACGACCGAGCUAUGAAGCUAGAACAAGAAUUUGGAGAGUAUUUUACAGCUAUCGUCCAAGGAGAAACCUUAGAAGAUAUAUAUAACCAAUGCAAACUUGUAAUUGAAGAACAAUCUGGGCCUUUCAUCUGGAUUCCCUCCAAGGAGAAGCUAUAAACCUGUCAUUCACUUCUAAUCACAACGGAAGAGUAUUUAGAAGAAAACCUUAAUCCUAUACUAUUUGGAACCUUUUCUUCGGGGGGCGGGAUUUUAUUUUUUAACAAAACAAAUUGGGUGGCUUUUACGUUUCUUGCAGUCAAUGUGAUUUUUUUCUGAAUGUACAACACGAAGUGUUCGAAGCCAUGAAGGACAUUGGUUUGGUCAUGAAGGGUAGAGAAGAAAAAACUUUUUAAAAAAAGACUUUUGCCAUAUAAAAAAAACCUCUGACCGUGUGCUCACCGUACCCUUGUUGGGAUAGACAUUCAACAGGGAAACUUGCGGUUGUUCGAGCUGGCCACCCACUCUGCCUACAAUCCAGCUGGUAUUCUUGGCUCGACUUGGUACACUUGUUGAUUGCUUUAAAAAGGAAACCCCCAGGUCUUCGACUUUGAUUUGAUCCCGCAAUCAACAUCACUUUGACUCCUGUUUGCAGCCCGGGAGGCCGAAGCGGACACGUCGACGCUGCUUGUCUUUUAACUUUGGUUCUCCAAAUGAGAAGCGGAGCGCCUUCAGUGUUGUGGCCAAAAGAAACUGGCCCAUCUUCCGUCGAACUCUGCAAAAAUCAUGAAUGAUUUGUUCGGGAUGUUGAAUCAAGGUCUGAGUUUGGUCAUAGUACAUCCACCUUGCGUUUCGUUUAUCUAUGCACAUCUUUCUGUUGCUUCGUUUUUUUCCUGUGACCAAUCUGGAGCAUCCCCCCCCCCUUUCAAACCCAUCAUUUCAUCCAGUUCGUAAUGUCAAAUUGGGUUUGUUCGAUGGGAUUUGGUGGGGAGGGAAACGUUUCAAGUGGAAGCACGCUCAGACGCAAGUGUGAGACUUUGCAGGGUUUAAACUUGACCAAAAGGGAUACCGUUGGGAAAAGCUUUACAUUUUUUUGUUGUUGUCGAUUGUCUAUAUUAUCAUUUAUAUAAAGAUAGAAGGUACUUAAAGAUGGGAUAAUUUAUUAAAGAAUCUAUAUUGAUG